UCCCCCUUUGCAGCGCCGCCUCCUCGCUCCCCGCAGCUCCGCACUCCCGCCGCCCGUCUGCGCCGCGGCACCGCAGCCCCCGCCCCAUGGACCCGGGACCCGGGGGGGCAGCCGCGGGGGGAGCGGGGCUCCUCCUGCCCCUCAGCGACACGGAGCAGCAGCGCUACUCCGAGCUCUUCUCGCUCUGCUCGCCCGCGCCCGAGGGGGGCUCGGCGCCAGCCCCAGCCGCCGGGGGGAGCAAAGUGGGCGACUUGUUCAGGGCAUCGCAGCUCUCUGCGGACACGCUGCACCAGAUCACAGAACUUUGUGGGGCAAAACGUGUGGGUUAUUUUGGUCCCGCUCAGUUUUAUGUUGCUUUGAAACUAAUUGCUGCAGCGCAGUCUGGCCUUCCAGUACGGCUAGAGAGCAUUAAGAGUGAAUUGCCUCUUCCUCGGUUUAUGGCACUCAAAAAUGACAUUGAAAUGAGAUAUGGAAAUGCAGCAGAAAUACACGGAGUUAAAUUUCAGCUUCCACAUCCAACCUUGGAAAAAAAUUCCUUCAAAAGAUCAGAUGAAGGGGAUAAAAAGGAAACCAAGUCUCCUCCCAUGUCACCGAUGUGUUCACCUCCUGCUUCUCCAUCUAAUUACCAGAGAAUACCCUUGAGUUAUGGCUAUGGCAAGUCAAGGAGUGGGCUUGAACAGCCACAUGGAGUUUCUUAUGAAGCUAGACAUUCUACACACCAACAAGAUGGACCAGCAAUGGGAAAUUAUGGAUCCAAAUCUGCACUUGUACAUUCCUCUCUUAGUCGGUCUCUUUCAGUAGAAAGGGAGCCACAGGACAGCAGUAAUUACCCAGAUGACCCCUGGAGGAUAACUGAGGAACAGCGAGAAUAUUACAUCAACCAGUUCAAAUCCCUACAGCCUGAUCUGAACUCUUUCAUUUCAGGUUCCGUGGCUAAGAAUUUCUUCACAAAAUCCAAGCUUCCCAUCCCAGAACUUUCUCACAUAUGGGAGCUGAGCGAUGUAGACUGUGAUGGAGCGCUGACGCUGCCAGAAUUCUGUGCUGCAUUUCACCUCAUUGUUGCUAGGAAGAAUGGUUAUCCAUUGCCAGAUACGCUGCCGGAGACCUUACUGCCAGAUUACCUUCAACCAGCUUCCUUUAAGCCUAAACGUGACUGCGCAUUAUUGGAUUCUUAUUCUGAGUCAUUGCCAGUCAGUCAACAGACCAGGGACUUUAAUCGAACUGAGCUUGAAACUGUCCGUGAAGAUCCAAGCAACUCAGAGCCGUUGAUUCUCUUUGAUGUGGCGACCUCCGUUGUUGAGCCAGUCGCUCUGAACAUAAGCACUACUGCCAAAACAAUACCAAAGGAUUUUAAACCAUCUCAACACUUGUCUGUCAAAACAGUUGUUCAGGAAUCGAGCACACUCAAGGCAAGACCAAGAUCCAGGUCCUAUUCCAGCACAUCUAUUGAAGAUGCAAUGAAAAAGGGGGAAGAGCCCCCUAUGCCACCACCAAGGCCGCAGAAAUCACAUUCCAGAGCCUCCUCCUUGGACCUAAAUAAAAUCUUCCAGCAAAACACACAAGCUGUGAAGUCAGGUUGGUUACCACCACCACCUGCCCUGCCCCCUAGGCCUUUUGUAUCACAGCAGGGUCCUCACCAUGUCACAAAUACCGAGCCUGUUGCCCAGGCCAAAUCCAGCUAUGUAGAAUUCAGACUAAAGGAACAGACAGAGCAAGUAUCUGAGAUGGAAUUACAUCCUCAGAUGAAUAGAGCUCCAUCACAGACAGAAGAAAGCAGCCCAACGAGAAAGGAGAUUCUGCUUACUCAGCCACCAUCCAAACCAAUCCGUAGGAAAUUCCGCUCCGAAAAUCAGGUGUUGGAAAACCAGGAGCUUACUCCCACUAGCAGUGUGACCUCUUCCUUGCCUGCAGUCAAACCCCAUCUUCCAGCCCAAAAACAGUCUUCCAAACAGAAGAGGGCUAUUCAGACUACUAUUCGUAAAAACAAAGAAGCCAAUGCGGUGCUAGCCAGGUUGAACAGUGAACUCCAGCAGCAACUGAAGGAAGUUCACAAAGAACGAAUUGCAUUGGAGACUCAGUUGGAACAGCUUCGUCCUGUAACUGUCUUGUGACCUUCAGUACAUUAUUUAAUGGCAAUAAAUGGACAUUUGUGCCAAGAAUUUUUGACUCUAUUAGCACAACAAUGUGAAGUCUUUGUAAAGUUUUCACUGAGGCAAAGUGGAAUGUGAGUUGGGUUUGUUGGGUUUUUUUGCACACCACCUUGCACAUUUUCCCUUUCAGAUGAAGAGGGUAGAUGAGAUAAAUGUCAAACCGUAGGUUAUGUCUAAGAAAUGAAAGUUAUUUCCGACUUGUCCUUCAGGACAUUACAAAAUGCAGUUAACCACCAAAAUCAAUCAUCUAACUCUGAAAUUAUUAGUGGUUUAUUUAUUUAAAGAAUUCCUGAUUUAUGUACUUCCUUGAAAACCAAUUAUUAAAAGUUUCAUGCAUUCAAAAUUCUUCUUUAUAUUUAAAGUUCCUAUUCUAAGGUGGUUUCUUGGAUGUUUCUGAUUUCACAUAGGUUUAUACCAGGAGUUAGUGUCUGUGGUUUUAAAACACAAAAGAGAAUAAAAAUAAUUGUACAGAUAGUCUAUA